AUGGAUUAUGAUAAAUGGGUAUCAUUGGGAGAGAGGCUUGGGUUGAAGGAUGGGGAUUUACGUGAUUAUGUUCAAAAGAAAGAAUCAGAAUAUAUUGAUAGAGAAGAGAAAAAUAUUAGACGUGAAGAAGAUAAACGGCGAUUUGAGGCCAAGCGUAAAGCAAAAGAAGCUGAACGUGAAGUCGAACGUCUAGAAAAAGAAGCUGGACGUGAGGAAGAGAGACGGCGUUUUGAGGCAGAGCGUCUUGAAAAAGAAGCCGAACGUGAGGGAAAGAAACGGUUAUUUCAAGCUGAAAGAAUUGCGGUUGAUUUGAUAGGGCCAAUAACGCCUGUAUCGGAAAAGGGAAAUAGGUACAUAUUAACUGUAGUAGAUUAUGCUACACGUUACCCAGAAGCUGUUGCUUUACCUAGAAGUGAGACUGAAAAUAUAGCUGAAGCAUUGUUAGAUAUUUUUGCAAGAGUAGGUUUCCCAUCGGAAAUACUUAGUGAUAGGGGUAGUCAGUUCACGUCACAACUUAUGGAAGAAUUGUUUACUACCCCUUACAAUCCAAAAUGUAAUGGUCUUUGUGAGAGAAUGAAUGGUAUUUUAAAAAGCAUGUUGAAGAAAAUGUGCCAAGAACGACAUAAGGAUUGGGAUAGAUAUUUGUUUGCGGUUCUCUUUGCAUACAGAGAAGUCCCUCAGUCAAGUACAGGGUUCUCACCAUUUGAGCUACUAUAUGGCAGAACUGUUAGAGGUCCCAUGCAAGCACUAAAAGAAUUAUGGACAGAGACAGAAGUACCAGAGACACGUAAUACGUAUGAGUACGUACUAGAUUUGAGAAGUAGAUUAGAACAAACAUGCAAGAUUGCUAGAGAGAAUCUCAGCAACUCACAAGAAGAGUAUAAACAUCAUUAUGAUAAGAAAACACGACCAAUAAGUCUUAAGAAAGGAGACAAAAAAUACGAAGAACGAGAAGAUAGAAUUUGUGCGAGUGUAGCUGUAAUAGAAGCCGAAAAUAAUGAUGAUACUGGGGCUGUUGAUGAUGAACAUCUUUUAGAACUAGUAGACACACAGGGUGAAGAGACGUACAGAGAUGUUAAUAUUAAUGAUCAAUUAACACUUGAACAAAAAUCAGAAGUAAAUGCGUUGCUUCAAGAAUUUGAGGAUAUUUUUACUGACGUUCCUGGAACUACAGAUCUUGAAUCUCACAACAUUGAGUUGACUGACAAAACACCAAUUCGUGUUAGACAAUAUACGAUACCAUAUGCAAAAAGGACAGCGGAAGAGGAUGAAAUUAAGAAUGUGGUAUCAUCGAACCAGCAAAUUCUGAUUAUAAUUCUCCAAUUGUUUUGGUGA